CUGCCCCUGGUGUAGAACUCUCGAGUGCACCGUGCCAUGUCUACUUGGAGGCUGCUUCUUCCUUGACGCUCAAUAAUGUCUGUUGAGUGGAACAGUUUCGACUUUCUUCAGUAUUUGAAGAUGAAAAGGAUUAAAAAUGAACAAAUUCAAAUGUCGAUGAGCAAUUAUCUAAAGAGACGACAGUAUCCGGAGAGCUCCAUUCCAGGUAAGAGGAAUCACCAAUACAUCCAAGAACCCUCUGAAUUGGUGUCCCAGAACAAUGUCCACCAUCUCUCGACAAUAAACAACGUGCUAGCCUACAGUAGCAUCACAGGAGAUGCAACAGCAUGUGACCAUCAGUUCUCGCAAUUGAAACAGUUUAUUUGUGAUGCAGUAGAACCGUACCGAACAGAGCUACACAUCCUGCUCUUCCCAAUAUUUGUACACGUCUACCUAGAGAUGCUCUACAAUGGUCACAAAAGUCCAGCUCACAAAUUCCAUGCCCGUCACGUGACUUUCUUCCGUGAAGAUUCCGAGAAUCAAGACAUCUUGGAUACUUUGGUUAAACUGAACAACCGAGAAGAUGUUCUCACAUGCAAGUUGGUUGCAGAGUUCAGGGAUCACAAAUACUCGUUAGCCUUCACUCAGGACACAUUUGAUUAUUUGGUCCGGUUUUUAAAGGCUGACGACAACAUGAUCAUGUUACAGAUAUUUAAUAAACAUCUAAAAGUCGAAGUGAAAGGCGAUAAAUGUCCAGUGUUUGAAUGCAAGCCACAAAAUCUGCAGUCGGAAAUCAACUGCAAGUCAGCUGACCCUCACCUGCCAGCAUUGACCAGUGCUAAUGCGGACAAGAGUCCAGCCACUGACCAAGUCACUAAAGAGAUGCUACUGGAGUGUAUAAAGAGCCUACAAGUCUUACCGCCAUGCCUGCCUUCCAUAUGUUUUCUAGCGAUUGCCACAGCUCAUCACAGUCUCUCCUGUGCAUCUGUCUCAGACGAUCGGAAGUAUGUGGCGGGAGGUUUUGAGGACUCAUCCAUUCGGCUCUGGACCCUUGGAGCUUCCAUAGUAAGGACCCCACCUACAAAGAUGAACCCUUCUCGAAUCACCCUCUCUGCCGAUUCCCUUCUUUACAAGGAUAAAGACAACGUCAAUAACCAUUACGAUGACUGGUCAGCAGCACCAGACCAAUGUGUUGUUCUUCGAGGUCAUUCUGGGAGUAUCUAUAAUAUGUGUUUUCUACCAGACCCAGACCCCGUCUACUUACUCUCCUGUUCUAAAGAUACAACAGUUCGUUUAUGGAACCUAGAAAACUGCUGUAACACCGUUCGUUAUGCUGGUCAUAAUUAUCCUGUCUGGGACAUUGAUGUAUGUCGAGUGAGCAGUAUGUUUGUAAGUGGUUCAUGUGAUCGCACUGCCAAACUGUGGUCAACGGAUCGAAUCUUCCCCGUGCGCACCUUUGCCGGACACACAUUGGACGUCAGCCGAGUAAAGUUUCAUCCGAAUGGUAUGUACGUAGCUACUGGUUCAAGUGAUAGGAGUGUCCGACUCUGGAGUAUCAAUGACGGCAAGUGUGUCCGACUAAUGCAGGGUCAUCGAGGGACGGUACUUGCCAUGGCAUUUUCUCCCAACGGACAAUAUUUGGCCACCUCCGGAGAUGACAAGAAAAUCCGAAUCUGGGAUCUGAACACUGGUAAUUUGUUCAAAGAGUUCCGUGGCCAUGUAGAUACGGUCUAUUCUUUAACUUUUUGUCGCGAUGGUUCUAUGUUAGCAUCAGGUGGUCUUGAUUCUUCAAUACGUAUAUGGGAUGUCCGCAAAGAAGGUGACUUUAGCAAUGCCAGCCUCGAUACAACAGCCUCACCGGAACAGUUGGCUUGCUACCCGACCAAAUCUACGCCAAUACAUUUUCUAAAUUUCACGAGUCACAAUCUGCUGCUGGGUGCUGGACCUUUACUCUGACGAACAGGAGGCACCGCCCUCUCUCGCCCAUCGUCCUCAACACCGAUACCACCAACCACCACCACCACCACCACCACCACCACCACUAUCGUCAUCACAAAACCAAACACAUCUAAACUAAAAACGCCCAUCUACGUUCAUGCUCCUCCUAUGUUCCAAAGUGACCGACCGCUGCCACCACCACCACCACCACCACCACCGCCAAACUCAUCAGACUCUCUCAUACCUCUCACUCCCUUCCUCCUACCACCUUUUACACACUUCAUUCCUCAAACUACUCCUCCCUAUCCUUUGAAGUAAAAAACAACAAAAAAAAAUCCAAAAAAAAAAAAAAAAUCAGAAAAUAAAAAAUCAAAAAACUCCAAAACAAACAAAAUAAACAAAAUAUACAGACAACAACAAU